AUGCAAAGAGCAGUUUCAUGGCUCCCAUCAUGGGAUAGGACGAAAACCACCAGUAAGAAAAGUUUUGAUAAGACUUGGGCGUGGGCAGAUAAACUGGGUGCUCCGGUCAAUAGAUUAACAAACAAAAUUGGUUCCGAAGCAUUUUGGCCCACUUCUUUAGACAAGGAAUGCGACAAAGCUGCUCGGAUUUUGAAAACUUUCUGUAGGGAUGGAUUUUAUACCGAUGAAGAUCGAUCAUCUACCCAAGCUGGUCCGAAUGCGAACUCCAAACAAAGAAUUUUGAAGAAGAUUCCACAAAAGGUUAUUGAAAAUGCUGUCGGUUUGGCCAUAUUCACAACUAUGCGAACAGGCUUAUGGAUUUCGGGGGCCGGAGGAUCUGGAAUAUUAAUUGCGAGGAAAGAAGAUGGCACAUGGUCGCCCCCUUCUGGAAUUCUUUUACAUACUGCAGGGCUGGGCUUUCUGGUCGGUGUCGAUAUUUAUGAUUGUGUUGUUGUUAUCAAUAAUCGCAAAACUCUCGAAUCCUUCACGAAAAUAAGAGCAACCUUAGGAGGAGAGAUUAGUGCUGUGGCAGGUCCCAUUGGAGUUGGGGGAGUUUUAGAAAACGAUGGAAACUGGAAACAAGCUAAUAAGCCAAUAUUCACUUACUUAAAGUCCCGUGGCUUCUACGCAGGUGUGCAGGUAGACGGGACGGUUAUCAUCGAAAGAACAGAUGAGAACGAGCGAUUUUACGGACAACGAAUUGGAGUCGCAGAUAUCUUGGCUGGAAAGGUUCGAAAUGCACCUUUUGAAACGAAAUUACUUAUGGAAACAAUCAAGGCCGCAGAAGGCAAGCUAGAUGUGGAUACAAACUUGUUAGAUCAACUGAAAGAUGAACCAUCACCUGGUGAUGUGGAUUUACAAGCACCUACCUCGAUGAUACCAACCUUUGGCAUCCCUGAACCAGAUGAUCCAGACCCUUUCGGGGUAUUGGCGUUAGAGGAUGCAGGAUUCGAGAUUCGCGAAGCGGGAACGAAGGCUCGACCAGUCAGUUCACAAUUUGAAUACAACCCAUCUCCAUCAAGUCCGAUCUUCACCAGAUUCAACAGACGAAGUUUUGACACUCAGGGUGCAAGGAGCAAUAGGGAAAGUUACAUGUCAGGGAAAACAAGGACAAGCACGGAUCGAGGAACGCAGACUACUGAAAUGGGCACGCAAACAGACGAUUCACUUUCAAUCCGAUCACCUCGCACAUUAUCACCAAGCACUAGUCCGAGUUACAGUGAAGACAACAAGAUUAUAGAAGAAGAUGAAAAGGCAAUUGUAUUGGAACCGGAAGAAGUCGACUACACGAAAAUUGAUCUCGGACCAUAUCAGAGCUUGAACCAUAGUCAAGAAUUCGACGGUACGACAAUGAACGGUAGCCCUCUAAUUACCGAGGAAACCGAUGAGAGACGAAAGGAUUCAAAGGACUCAUUCAACUCAAUGGAUGAUAUUUCAGACGACGAUGAAGAUUUUGAGGAAGAGGAACCGGUCGUUUUCGAAGCUGCUUCAGCACAAGCUACAGUGAUUAUUCCCCAAGCAAUCAAGGCAAGAGGUGGUGUUGUGAACAUUCCAAAGAGAGGUCCGCCACCACCAUUACCCCCCAGGAAUUCAUUGAGGAACAGCAAAUUUUCUAUGGUUACCCUAAACAGUGAUAGAAGUUCAUCGAAAGAAGGUUUCGAAGAGGUCGAUGUACAUGGUGUUGAGAGCAACAAUAUCAAGAGAAGUAGCUUAGAACAAGCCAGCAUGACACCACUCCCUUUUAGCCCAAAUAGAAAGAGCUUCGAGCAAUCUCAAGCUAGCAUGGUACCACUUCCUUUCAGCCCCAAAAGAUUGAGUUUCGAACAAGCUCCUGUCCUCAUGGAGGAUGUUGAAUCAGAGGAAUCAGACUCUCAUGAACAGGUCGAGGAAGAGCACGCAGCAAUUAAAUCAGCAAACGAAAGCUCAAACUUCAACGAGAAGAUCGAAAUCCUCGAUAACGCACGCUCAGCUGAGAGACCUACUCUUACCAAAGAGAAUACCGAGUCUUUUCACUCAAUUGCUGUGAACAUUCCAGGUGGGUGGAGUUAG